UCCAGGUUAUUCUCAAACAGGGCUUUGCGGCUGGAGUGUCUUUUACUGUUUUUGUUUUCCUGGUGUCACGAAUUUCUGUAAAAAUGACGUCUUUUUCAUCAGCAACUUUGGAGAAGAAGUUAUCUGAUCUUUCCAAUACUCAACACAGUGUCCAGACGCUUUCGCUGUGGCUUAUUCAUCACAGAAAACACGCUAAAACGAUCGUACAGUCCUGGUACAAAGAACUAACUAAAGCGAGGACAAGCAAAAAACUCACUUUCAUGUUCCUGGCAAAUGAUGUUCUCCAAAAUGGAAAAAGAAAAGGCGCAGAAUUUUUAAAUGAAUUUAAACAUGUCUUGCCAGCUGCAUUUCAGCAUUGUGCACAGGGCGGAUCAGUGGAGGCUAUACGUGGUCUUGAAAGGCUGAUAUCAAUAUGGACAGAGAGAAAUGUGUAUGAAGCCACUUUCUUGGUGAAGCUUCACAAGUGUUUGGGUCAGGUAUCUGAUUCACCUCCACCUGAGAAGAAACAAAAAACUGAUGAUGAAAAACAAGCACCACUAAUGGAUCCACCAGAUGUAAGGCACCAGUCUUUGUCUGAAAUUAUCAUUAUUGCCCCAGAUACUGCAAAGUGUACAAGGCUGUGCUCUAAGAAAAUUUGAAGGCAGCUCAGUGCU